CCAACGAGACUGACUACGCGCGAUACCGUUCCGUUUUACUUCGCGGCAAACUACGGCCCGAGCACCUUCCGUUCGAGAGGAUUUGCAACCUCGUCGAGCAGUCGCGAGGCCGUUGUACCUACUCCUUCCUUUAAACUCUCGAGAAUAUAUAUUUACCACGGACCUGCCACUGCAUCCCAUCGCGCGCGUACGGUGACUUUAUGCACGAGUUAAGGACAGCUCCAUCGCGAAGCCAGUUCCGAGUGAGAGUAUCGCGAGUUACGGAAAGUCAAAACGGUUCGACAGCAUGCCCGGCAAAACGCAACUGAAGAAGGACCCUUACGAGUUCGAUUACAAUAGAGUGCCCGAAUCGAAGACGAAAUGGAUGGCCGUUCGAGAUUACAUUCACGAUCCCGCCGAGGGCACUUACUGUGGUCACACGGGAAAGAAAUGGGCUAUCACUGGAGCAUUCUACGCUGUCUUUUUCACCGUAUUGGCCUUACUGUUUGCCAUUUGCAUGAAAGGACUGUUGGCUACGUUAAAUAACGAACGACCGAGAUGGAUUCUGGAGGAAAGUUUGAUAGGGACAAAUCCAGGUUUAGGUUUUCGGCCAAUUUCUAACAACACAGAAGAAAAGUCGUUAAUUUGGUACAGCUCGUCGGAUCCAGCGUCUGUGCAGAAAUGGACUGGCUUGUUAGAUGAAUUCUUAGAAGAGUACAUGAACUCGUCACUUUUACCAAAUGGUGGUAGAAACCAGCAGAUUUGUAGUUUUGACACGCUAGUGAAGCCUGGACAUGUUUGCGCAGUCGACGUGAACAAUUGGGGACCAUGUUCGCCAAGUCAACAAUACGGCUUCAACAAUUCAGCCCCUUGUGUUUUCAUUAAAUUAAACAGGAUAUACGGUUGGGAACCGGACUGUUAUAAUGACACUGCCAAUUUGCCGAGCGAAAUGCCAGCGAGCCUCGUGGAACACAUCAAAUCCGUCAACAGUUCAUGGCUGAAUACCGUGUGGGUAUUAUGCACAGGUGAAAAUCCUCAUGACAAAGAGGUCAUCGGGGAAAUAAACUAUUACCCGAAGAGUCAGGGAUUUCCGAAAUAUUAUUAUCCAUACAAAAACAUUCCUGGUUACUUAAGCCCCGUAGUCGCUGUACAUUUCCUGCGGCCAGCAAGGAACAGAAUAAUCAACGUCGAAUGUCGGGCAUGGGCCAAGAACAUAAAAUAUGGCACUACUAAGGACUAUCUAACAGGAUUGAUUCGUUUCCAGCUUAUGAUUGACGAAUGACCAUAACCGUUUUCCUAAAAGAAAAUUCC